UGGAAGCUUGUUUUGGUUUCGCUUCCAUGGAGUUGGAAUACUAUAUUUUCGGGCCCCUUAGUUGUCUGUGUUUGUGUUUUUUCGGUUUUACUUUGUGGAUUUACUGGAUGGACAUUAUGGGACAGGCUCAAACUACUCCUUUAAGCAUUAUGGUCGAUCAUUUCAAAGAGGUAAAGGGAAGGGCCAGCAACCUCAGUGCGGAGGUCCGGAAGGACCGGUGGCGGACUUUUUGUUCUAAGGAGUGGCCGACUUUUGGUGUUGGGUGGCCGCCGGAGGGGACGUUCGAUCUCCCCACCAUUCGCCGGGUUAGGGACGUCGUCUCCCAACCCAAAGAGGGACAUCCUGGUCAACUCUCUUACAUUGUUACUUGGCAGGACCUCGUGGAAAAUCCACCACCUUGGCUUAGGCCCUUCUUACCUCCACACCCUCCGGAGCCAGAACCCAUUCUUGCCUUGCAGGAAGCGGAGAAGAAGAAGGAGAAGAAAGUCACCCUGCCGUCAGCUCCAGCUCCCCCCUACCCGGUUUUGCAGGGGGGAACUGGAGAAGAGUUAAUUUUUCCUCCCCCAUAUCAUUUCCACAGGACGCCGGAGAGAUUUGAUCCUACCCCGUCGCGGGAAGCUGACGCAGUUCCGGGAAUGGCUGGGGGCGGGGUUCCGGGAAUGGCCGCGGUUCUGGUUCCGGUAGGAGGCCCACCUCUCACCCGGCAAAGAGCUCAACGGGAGCUGUCUGUCGCAGCACCCGACUCCACUAUCAAGACCCUGCCCUUACGAGCCGCUGGACCUCCGGAUGCGGAUGGCAACCAGCCCCAUAUUUAUUGGCCUUUCGCAACUAGCGACCUCUAUAACUGGAAGGCACAGAACCCUAAGUUCUCCGAAAAACCGGGGAGACUUAUUGACUUGCUAGAUUCUGUUCUUUUCACCCAUCAGCCCACAUGGGACGACUGUCAGCAGCUUUUACAGGUUCUGUUCACGACGGAGGAGAGAGAAAGGAUCCUCAAUGAGGCCCGAAAGAUGGUUCCCGGUGUAGACGGAAAUCCGACCACGAACCAGGCCCAGAUAGAUGUCUCUUUUCCCUUAACUAGGCCUGAAUGGGAUUUCAACACGGCAGAAGGUAAGGAGAGGCUCUUGGUCUACCGUCAGACUCUAAUGGGAGGUCUCCGCAGGGCUGCUAGAAAGCCCACCAAUUUGACCAAGGUAGGGAAUGUACAGCAGGAAAGAGAUGAGUCUCCAGCUGCCUUUCUAGAACGGAUCAUGGAGGCAUAUCGCACCUAUACCCCCAUGGAUCCAGAAGCCCCUGAGAAUAAGGCAGCUGUAAUCAUGAGUUUUAUAAACCAGUCAGCCAUGGACAUUAGAAAGAAACUACAGAGAAUAGAUAGAUUAGGAGAAAAGAGUUUACAGGAUUUACUGGUAGUAGCAGAGAAGGUGUUCAAUAACCGAGAGCCCCCUGAGGAUAGGCAAGCCCGCGCCAUGGUGGCUGCCAGUGAGAAGCAGACUCGAAACCUGGCCAAGAUUCUGCUAGCCACCACCAUGGAGUCCCCUGGGGAGCGGACCCGUCACCUUCGCCAGCUUGCUGAUGGCCAAGAAAGAGGUAAGAGAACCGCCCGGGACGGGAAAAGGAAGCUGCAACAGAACCAGUGUGCUUACUGCAAAGAGAUAGGGCACUGGGUCCGAGAAUGCCCAAAGAAGGCCGGUAAAAAGGGGAACAAGACAGACCGGGUGGAGGUCUUGGAGCUGGAAGGACUGAGUGAUUAGGGAAGUCGGGGUUCGGAUCCCCUCCCCGAGCCCAGGGUAACUCUUAAAGUGGAGGGGACGCCUGUUGACUUCCUUGUCGACACUGGAGCACAACAUUCGGUUCUCCGCACACCUCAGGGGAAGCUAGCCAGCAAAAAGUCCUGGGUGCAAGGGGCAACUGGCAUGAGCCAGUAUUCAUGGACUACCCGAAGAACAGUAGAUCUAGGAACGGGCCGGGUAUCCCAUUCCUUCAUGGUAAUACCAGAAUGCCCCUACCCCCUAUUAGGACGAGACUUGCUAACCAAGAUUGGAGCCCAAAUAACCUUCAGACAAGGGGGGCCUCAGGUCACCGAUGGCAAAGGCCACCCCAUCCAGGUCCUGACUCUGAGACUGGAGGAUGAAUAUCGCCUCCACCAGGGGGCGCCACCAGUAGAGAACAAUAUGGACAGGUGGCUGCGAGAAUUCCCCACAGCCUGGGCAGAGACGGGGGGAGUAGGGCUGGCCGCCCACAGGGCCCCAACGCUGGUAGAACUAAAACCAGGAGAAGGCCCGAUGAGAGUCAAACAGUACCCUAUGUCCCAGGAGGCUCGGAAGGGAAUCCAGCCUCACAUCCGGAGACUGCGAAGCCUAGGGGUAAUGGUUCCAUGCCAAUCUGCCUGGAACACCCCCCUCCUGCCAGUCAGAAAGCCUCAUACGAAUGACUAUCGGCCAGUUCAGGACCUCCGGGAAGUAAAUAAAAGAGUCCUGGAUAUACACCCAACCGUUCCUAACCCAUACACUCUCCUAAGCUCUCUGGCACCCUCUAGAAUCUGGUAUACUGUAUUAGACUUGAAGGAUGCCUUUUUCAGCCUGCCGUUAGCGCCUCAAAGCCAACCCCUGUUUGCCUUCGAAUGGCACGACCCCGAGGAAGGUUACAGUGGACAAUUAACCUGGACGCGAUUGCCCCAAGGAUUCAAGAAUUUGCCCACCAUCUUCGACGAGGCGCUGCAUGAAGACCUCGGUGAGUACAGGAGGGAACACCCCAAUCUCACCCUUCUUCAAUACGUAGAUGACAUCCUGAUUGCUGCCGAUACCGCCAAAGAUUGUGAGCAAGGGACCAAAGAUCUGCUGGCCACCUUAGGAACCUUAGGGUACCGGGCCUCGGCGAAGAAGGCUCAGAUAUGCCAAAAGAGGGUGAGUUACCUGGGAUACAUACUGGAGGGCGGACAGCGGCGGUUGUCAGAUGCUAGAAAAGAGACAGUCUUGAAAAUCCCUGCUCCCACCUCCCGGAGGGAGGUGAGGGAAUUCCUAGGAUCGGCUGGCUAUUGCCGCCUCUGGAUACCAAGUUUUGCUGAGAUCGCCAGGCCCCUAUACGAAGCCACCAAGGAGGGGAAGGCCUUUAAAUGGACUGAGACAGAAGAAAUUGCCUUUAAUCAGAUAAAGAAAGCUCUUUUGGCUGCUCCAGCCCUGGGCCUACCAGACAUUACAAAACCCUUUCGCCUCUUUGUAGAUGAGCGCAAAGGAGUAGCAAAAGGAGUUUUAACCCAGGCUUUAGGCCCCUGGAGUCGCCCAGUAGCGUAUUUGUCUAAAAAGCUGGAUCCCGUAGCCGCCGGCUGGCCACCGUGCCUAAGAAUCAUUGCGGCAACCGCGCUCUUAGUCAAGGAUGCUGACAAACUGACCCUGGGACAGGGGAUCUGGAUCACAACCCCGCAUGCCAUUGAAGGGGUCCUAAAACAACCUCCCGAUAGGUGGAUGAGCAAUGCUCGCAUGACCCACUAUCAAAGCUUGCUGCUCAACCCCCCUAGAGUACGGUUCCAUCCCAGUGCGGCCCUCAACCCUGCUACCCUGCUACCUGACCCUGACCUAGAUGCCCCACUGCAUGACUGUGCGGGAAUCCUGGAGCAGGUACAUGGACUUCGGAAGGACCUGACCGAUCGGCCCCUCCCGGAUGCAGAGGCCACCUGGUUCACGGAUGGAAGCAGCUUCGUGCGGAACGGGAGCAGGUACGCGGGUGCAGCGGUGGUCACAGACACGAACACCGUGUGGGCGGAGGAUCUGCCCCCUGGGACAUCAGCUCAGAGAGCAGAACUCAUUGCACUCACCAAGGCACUGACACUGGGGGCUGGAAAACGGCUUAACGUUUACACAGACAGCCGUUAUGCAUUUGCUACAGCUCAUGUUCAUGGGGCAAUCUACCAGGAAAGAGGGCUAUUGACAGCCGAGGGACGGACAAUAAAAAAUAAGCAGGAAAUUCUCGACCUGCUCGCGGCCUUGUGGCUUCCUGCCAAGUUAGCCAUAAUCCACUGCCAGGGACACCAAAAAGCUGAUGACCCGGUAGCGAAAGGCAACCAAAAGGCUGACCAGGCUGCAAAGGCAGUAGCCCUUACCUCGGUCCCUACCAUGGCCUUACAACUCCCAGACCCAGGGGACCCAGUCUUACCAGACCAGCCCAAGUACUCCCAGGAAGAGUUGCAACGUAUCAGAAAGCUCCCCAGAGCCCAGGAAAUAAAGGGAUGGUGGCAUACACCAGAAGGAGAACUUAUACUGCCGGACUGGCUCGGGGACACGAUGUUAAAACAUAUGCACCAAUCCACUCACCUGGGAACCCGGAAAAUGAAGGACUUAAUCCAACAUGCCAGAAUCAAAAUUCACCAGCAGAAUACCAAGAUAGAUCAGGUUGUGUCUGCCUGCAAGACCUGCCAACUUACAAACGCAAGGGUCGGAUCAAAUGAAAGAGGGACCAGGCUCAGAGGCACCAAACCGGGAGCACAAUGGGAGGUCGAUUUCACUGAAAUUAAACCAGGGAAGUAUGGUUAUAAAUAUCUUUUAGUGUUCAUAGACACCUUCUCUGGCUGGGUAGAGGCAUACCCAACCAAGCACGAAACAGCUCAGACGGUGGCCAAGAAGCUGCUGGAAGACAUCUUACCCAGAGGGCUCCAGAGGGCACACGAGGACAUUUGGCCGCGCCUCCGCGCCAUCUAUGAGACCAGCCCAACCCCAACUCCUCAUCAACACAGACCAGGAGAUUGGGUCUACGUCAGAAGGCAUCAUCAAGAAACCCUUGAACCACGUUGGAAGGGUCCUUACACCGUGGUGCUAACAACCCCCACUGCUCUCAAGGUAGACGGCGUCGCGACCUGGGUUCAUCACACUCACGUCCGGUCAGCGGACCCCUCCACGAUCCGGAAGGACUUCAUCACCAAAUGGAGCGUCGAUCGAGAUCAACGCAACCCGCUCAAGCUCAAGCUACGGCGUGCUCGACCUGCGUGAUGCUGGUAACAUUAAAUAGAUUUAGAUAAUGCCUGCACCUUCAUGGACACGGCUCCAAAAUGACAAGGACAAUUCAUAGAAAGAUCAGGAAUAGACUUUAGUAUCACAUGU